AUUUAUAUUAUUAUUUUUUUUUUAAAAAAAAUUAUCCUCUCACGACCGUUCGCAAACGCUAACUGGAACCAGCUUUUGAAUUUAUGAGGUUUAGAAUAGUUUGAAGCGGUUUAAAACAAUUUGAGUGAUUGUUGCAAAAUACCAACAAUCGAUACCAACCAUACAAAACCUGUGUUUGCGGAUGGUAGCGGAGUAACCAAUCAUUCUUUUAGUGUCAAAUUAAUAUAAAAUGGAUGGAACCUCGCACUUGAGUGAGAAAUGAGCUAAGUCUAAUCUAUGAUAACCUCUAGAUUUAAUUCAACCAUAUCCUUUCUCAUCCAUUUUGACGUUACUCUGAAGAUGUAAAUGACUUAUUAAUAGAUUGAACAAAAUUAUCAUUAGAUUUUCUUUGACUGACAGGAGAAAGAAUGUUAUUUGUUUUUUACAAGCUUCCCUGAUCGUCAAUGGAACCGACGGUAGCACCACCGGAGCCGGAGGCUCAAUCCGGAGACAUCUCUGUAAGAGAUAACAUAGUGAAUGUGGAGAAAACAGAGGAGGAGGAGCAAGAACAUAGCGAUUCCGGUUCAGCGAUAACCGGAGUCGAUUUGAUCUUUGUUGCUGGCGACGAUGAUAUCAGUAUUGGAGCGGAUGGUGUUGUGGAGAGGACGAAAAUGGAGCUGCCUAAGGAAUACGCGAAUAGCGUUAUGGUUCUGACGUGCGGUUCCAAAGCUGAAGGUGGAUCUUGCGAUGUGUAUUUGAUUGGCACUGCUCAUGUCUCAGAGGAAUCAUGUCGAGAAGUUGAAGCUAUAGUCAGCUACAUGAAGCCAGAGGUCGUGUUCGUGGAGUUGUGUGCAAGCCGGUUGUCUAUUCUCACUCCUCAGGCUGUGAAGAUUCCGACCGUGUGGGAGAUGAUAGACAUGUGGAAGAAGAAACACAACCCAUUCGGAAUAGCCUACGGAUGGUUUCUUGCAAAGAUCGCAAGCAAGCUUGAUGUUUUACCUGGUGCUGAGUUUCGUGUGGCGUAUGAAGAGGCAGUCAAAUAUGGUGGCCAGGUGAUUCUGGGUGAUCGUCCAGUGCAGAUCACGUUAAAGAGAACAUGGGCUAAAAUGCCUAUAUGGCAUAAAGUAAAGUUUUUGUACGGCUUAGUGUUUCAAGCUGUCUUUUUACCGAGCCCUGAGGAACUUGAAAAGAUGCUGAAAGCUAUGAACGAUGUGGAUAUGCUGACAUUGGUGAUCCAACAAAUGAGCAAGGAGUUUCCAUCUCUCAUGGAUACACUUGUGCAUGAGCGAGAUAAGUACAUCUCAUGUAUGUUGUCAAGAGUUGCAUGUGAGCAUAGCUCGGUGGUGGCAGUUGUUGGUAGAGGGCAUCUUCAAGGGAUCAAAAAGAAUUGGGACCAGCCUAUAAAUAUGAAGGAUCUGUUGGAGAUACCGAAGAAUAAAUCAGUUUUUACUGUAAAGAAUGUUCUGAAAUCUCUGGCAGUUUUAGUCAUUGGGGCAGCCAUAGUUUCCCGCAUAUACCUUGCAGGCAGAAGUUAAAGAAUCUCAAGGCAGGGAGAGUUUCUCAUGAGGACAAUAAAAGUUUAGGCUUAAGUAACAGAUGGUUAACAUUGAUCUUCAGCAACUGUUCUACUCUUUGUUGACAUGAUUUUUACUUAUCUUUGGUUUAUUGGUUGAAUAAUUUUAUAACAGUUUAUACAAAAUAAAAAAUCUUUCCCCUCCCAUA